AUGACGACAACGGCGGAAGUUGUCAAAACUGAAAAAUGUCCAAAUCACGUUAAUUUAAAUUGUGACGUGAAGGAAGUACGUGUGACUCCAUGUCCGGAAACGGAACAAAACAAACCCUGCCUAGUUAAAAGAGGUAAAAGAGUUAAAAUAGAAUUCGAUUACACGACGAAUGGAAAUUACAGCGAUUUAGAAACUCGAGCCUAUUGGGCAUCUGCAACUGGAGAUUUACCCUGGAUAGGAAUGGAUACGAACGGAUGCGCGCACACCGAAUGUCCGACACAAAAUGAAAAAUCUGAAAAAUUUUUAUACGAUCUUAAAAUUGGAAACAAAUUUCCAGUCAGACAGUAUGACGUAAAAUGGCGACUCUGGAAAGAAGAUUCCAUGGAAUGUUGCUUUAUAAUAAAAAUUAAAUUAGUCAAAUGA